AUGCAAAAGCGAUCCAAUACGUUAUUAAACUGUAGAUUUUCUUCCAAAAAAAUAUGUGCUGCUACUGAAAAUUUAACAUCAAAUUUAAAUACACCUGCAACUACUAUAAUUACAACUACAACGACUAAUGAUGAUUUCAAUUUGUUUUUAUCCAGUGAUCCAGAAGAUUUAGAUCAGGUGAGCGACGAAGUUAAUUUUAGCGUUGAAAGUAAUGAAUUGAAAGUGACUAAUUCUCGACCCGACACCAAUACAAAUGAUAUAGGUUAUUAUGUAUCAAAUAAACUUUCAAUUAAUGAUCAUUUGAAAUAUUCUCUAUUAACAAAUCAUUUUAAACUCGAUAGAAAAUAUUCAUUUCCAAUGUUAUAUUCGGAUGAUCAUAAAUAUUCUCGUCAAUUCCUAAUCAAUUGGUUAAACGAUAAUUCAUUUCUCCUGUUUAUUCACCAAACUGUUUCGUGUAUGGGUGAAACAAUAGCUAAUAUUAUUCUUGAUUAUUUAACAACGUAUAAUUUACCGUUUGAUAAUAGUCUAGGUCAAGCAUAUGAUGGGGGCUCAAAUAUGGUCGGUAUCUAUCGAGGUUGUUAG